AUGAUGCUGUCCGCGUCACAGCAGGUGGCCCUGGCCUUCACCGCGGUGCUCUUCACCUUCGUGGUCCUGCCCAGGAUGUUUGGAGUCGGCGGAGGAGGGAACCACGAAAAGGAUCUGCGCCUGGACUCUCGCUUCAGCCGCAAAGGCCCUGGUCCCAGCGCAGUCCGAGGUAAUCCAGUUCACAUGAAUUCACCCGGAGCCCAGUCUGCUGAAAACCUUCAGAACAUGAAGACGCUGAUGGAGCAGGAGCUGAAGUCUGACAAAUACAAGAGCAACAACAACAAGGGCUACGUGUUCACGCUCAUGCCGCUUUACGCCAUCGGGGUUGGAGUGUUCGCUGCAUACAAGUUCCUCAAGAUUAAGUCUGCGGACGACCAUGCACAGAAGGACAGGCUUGCCAAAGGGGCCAAGAAGUCUGUGGAGGCAGAGAAGCAGUUGAAUGAACUGGAGCAGAGGCUGGCUCAGACUGAGCGAAUGCUGAACUCCAUCCUCACACAGCUAGACCCGCUCACCAACUGUGUGAAGUCAGUGGCUCAGGAUCAGAAGAAUGAAAUCAUGAACCAGCUGCAGACCAUCCGACAUCUCAUGAAGAAGAGGGGAAUGGACUGCCCCCCACUCAACAUCCCAGACGGCUCUUGUGAACGCAACCUGAACAGCCUUAUUGAGUCACUGGGGGCCAAAGAGAUGCCUGUAGCCAUGCCGCCAAUCUCAGAGGAAACGCCAGCCAAGGACCUAUACCAGAAAGUGCAAGACAUGGACAAAGAAGCAACAGAGGAGCAGGACGCAUGCCAAAAAGCAACAGAGGACAAGGAGCAGGAUCCAUGCCAAAAAGCUCAAGAAUCAGACAAAAAAGCAGCUGAGGGUGAGCUCCGGGAGGAGGAGGAGCAGGUGACGGGGCUUGAGGAGGAUGUGUGUGAAGAGCACCAGGAGGAGAUGACGGUGCAAGAGUCAGGCCUGCGAAGACGAAACAGACCUGAAUGA